AUGUUUUAUCACGUAUUCGCCCUCUCUGCUUUAAAAUUAUCAACUUUAGAUUAAACUUGAACAUGAAAUAUUAUUGCAUCCGAAGUAUUUUGGUCCGAAUCUCAUUGAGACCGUAAAGGCAAAACUUUUCUCUGAUGUCGAGGGUACAUGCUCCGGAAAGUACGCUAUUUGUCUUUUUAACUGUGUGGAAGAUGCGGUUUUAUCAUUGCAGUAACGAGUAUCGAGCACAUCGGUGCCGGCAUUCUACUCCCUGGAAGGGGAUUUGUGCAGUAUCAUAUAGUUUAUAGGGCCAUUGUUUUUCGACCGUUUAAAGGAGAAGUUAUUGACGCGAUCGUAACUCAAGUGAAUAAAGUUGGUGUCUUCGCCGAAGCCGGACCACUAACUGUCUUUAUUUCACAAUACGUACGACCGUACCUUUUCUGAAUGUUUUUAGUCCAUUCCACCAAACAUCAAAUUCGAGGGCGCUGACACAAAUGUCGAAAACAACAACGAAGAUGAAGAGGAGGUUUGUUUUUCGCUUAUUUCUAUCUGUUUACUUCAUGAUGCGUGUCUCCAUGAAGUCUGGAUGAAAUUUCGUUGUUUGCGCUACGGCUCGUCCGUAUUUCGCUCCAGAGUUUUUAUUUGCCUACUUCUUGUGGCGUGUUUAGUCGUUGUAACCGGCUUUCACGUGGUAUCGUAAUGAGGCUACUCCCUCACGUAUUACUAGACCGCGAAGAUUUGGACCGAUAUUAUGGGGAAGAAAUACCCCUCGAUUUAGAGACUUCUAGUUAGCUUUCGUGCUUCCCCUUGAACCUGCGGUACCCUGAGAUCCCUCCUACAUAAGGACUCGGCUCCAACCGACAGAAUAGGAAGUGCAACCGCGUAAGUCAGACGUUCCUUACUUACUGUUAGCCCUUAUCAGUUCAAGGUGUUCGACAACGAAUUCCCCCUAAGGAGCACUGCGACUUACUUCCCUCGACCGUUUGUCCGAUAUAGAAUCAACACUGUUACCAGUGAAAAGCCACCACUCCCACUGUUUUGGUCUCGCACGCUGUCUGCCAGAGAAUAACUCGUCAGCGGUCCGGUGUCCAGCCUAACCACUUUGGCACUGCCGCUUUUACGGUCGUUAAGAUCUAAUUUCGCAGUCAGGCCUAAAUAUACUGUAUUUGACUGCCUUAAAUAAUAGAGAGUGAAUUACCAACUGAAAUAGGAGGGAAGAAGGCAUAGUUUCAGAUCAAAGAAUGAGGUUUCUUCGUCUCUUAUACCUUAAGAUAGCAACGAUCCAGACGAACGGAAACUCGGUAGGCAAGAAGUCUUGAAUAAAUAGAGUACUCGAACACAAGUUUCCUCACGACAGUUUUACAUUAUAAUUCCUUUCAGCCGUGCUGUGUUAAACGCCUAGUCUCACGGUGCUACACUUAAAUUUCGCGUUUAGGAGACCAGGCAACCCCUGCACUACCAGCCCUUAGGAUCGCGUAAUGUGCCCGUCCCUCCAUGCGAUUCUUCAGUUAAUGCUUGUUUACUUCGACUUAAUAGUCAGAGGCAGCUAUUGCUCACUACAGAGCUAGGAAACAGCUCGAAAAGACGGAACGGAAAGUAUGCGAGUCUUCGCACGAUGUUUAUCUCAGGUCGUCCUUCUUCCACAACACGUAUUCUGAGCCGGGGUCACGGCUAGAAUCGCUUCCCUCGCCAGUAUAGAUACCACGCACAACACUGGAGUUUAGUACAGGCUAGCCCAACAGUUCCCGCUAACCACCUCUUCUUAGUCCCGUCUCGGCUAUCACCAAUGCUGAUCCAGUCGGGUCCCAAAUCGUGUUCUUACGAUUUGGUGUGGCCACCAUCCGGCGAUCGUUGGUGAGACGCUAAGUUACAGUUGGCGGUCGACUCCCGGACAAUGUCUUUCCACUCGUACAGUUGGCAGCUACGACGGAGAUAUCAACUAGGACAGGAAUUUGUAGAGGUGAAGUCGCGAAUACGCCCCCAUUUGGUUGGUCGGCGUACGUGGCCGAGCCUUUCCUUGCAUCGCCACCCAGUAGGUGUCUUCGACCGGAAACUGGGUUGAUUAUUUAAAACGCGGUCGCGGACUGCAAUCGUAGUAUUCUCCAGAGGCCUCAUUUCUUAGACAUCCAUGUUUUCGUCAGAUUGGUGGCACGUAGCGGCCACGUUCUAUAGCCAUGACUAUCGAUGGCUUCGACCGUAACCGGAUAUGCACGGUCUUUCUCUUUGCCAAUCCCUGCUAGAAUGUCCGCGCACUUCUAGAGUCCACAGAGCAUGUUACGGGUGAAGUAUACGCCUCCGUUCAUUGCCACUCGAUAUUAACAUAUAGGUUACAAAGGGCAUCAGAAACGAACUAUUCCACAACUUCAAGCCGCUUUCCAUCUAGAAGAGGAAUAGCCAUGAAAUGCAAAAUCGUCGAGUAGUAUUCCUGUUUAUCCGGGGUUCAGUUUGAAUAUUAAUAUUCUUAACGCACAAACGGAUCGAAUUGCCCCUCCUCAAAGGAAUUUCCAGGCAAGGUGAUGUUACUGACAUAAUAUGAGCCAGAGACGUGAGGGUCUUCCCGAACGUCGGUGAUUUCGCAGUUGUUGAAUGCCGUUGACAGAACUGAGCAUGUGAAUAUAAUCAACGAGGACUAAUUUGGGGGCGUAAUCUUGUUGGGCGUCAGACUGCACAGCGAAGUGCCUCCUUUCAUCGCAUUGAUCUCGAGCCUUUGCUUACGUGAGUUAAUAGUAUGUCUUGAUUAAACUCAAUUCCCUGCUGCAAACACACCAUCCGCCAUCACAGUCUUGCAGAUCCAUAGACAGAGAAAAACACUGAGAGGGACGAUUGUCUUCUAUUGCAAACAUUGUUAAAUAUCUGGUCAAAGCAAGCUCUGCUAGAACGAAGUCCCCUCUGAUUUUCCCUUGUUUUUGCGUUCAUACGGGGACGGAAAUAGUUCAGCCUGAUACCUGCAGAUAUCUUCGGGACGACGUCGACUAUGCUGCUACCUUAUUAUUGAGAAAAAACACUUGUAACUUAAUUACACAUCUUACCAAGUCGCUCCGAAUUACCAUUUAACCAACUCAUGUACGCUUCAGUCGACGGUCUCGCCUCUGACUCUAUUAUCUCCAAGACGCUGAAUUAUCACCCUAGUUUGAUGGUAGAGGAUGACACAAAGUUGUAGUCAUAGGGGAGCUUUACGGAAAUGGUUUAUCUCUCUAUUUGGCACGUCUGAACUAUGCCCACUGCCCGUAUCGACUCCGAGAAUCCAACGGCAGCUGAGUCACUUCUCCAUAAGAAUGCGGUCAACCGUUGCAACAGUGUUCGUGUAGUCCAAGUGUUCUGACUGCUGGAACCUGGUAUUAUCCAGAUAUCACCCCGACUUCUAAAAAGCUAAGUCGGGCAGCAUGUCCAACCUGAUCACCGAUGGAGAGCUUUAUAACGGCGUGACGGAUAUCUGGGCCAACCAUACCAAUGCUCGUAUUUCAGUCACAUGUAGCAAUUUUUUAUCACCUGAGAGAGGAAAAUAAGAGAAAAAUGCUUGUGAGAACGGUGGUAAAACUAGUGUUUUCAUCCACAUUUGCAUUGAGGAUGGGGACAUCGACAGCCACUACACUUAUGGUAGUGAUUGUGCCCUUAAGCCGUAUGUUGGGUAUGUCAGAAGAAGGCUUGUAUGCCAGGAGCACCCGAUUCAUCUGCAACAGUGCGAAAAAGACGCCGUGCCUGCUGGGAUUGUCAUCUACGUCACUGUCGAACUCAAGCGCCUGGACUUCUGACAGGCGAUGCCAAUACCAUACGUAGGUAGCGCGUCGUUGGCGAUAAGUUGCUUUAGCUUUUGGUAUCGGGGAUUCCCCGUUGGUUCCCAUGGACUCCACAACGGGAGUUACGUGCAGCAGGGAUAUGAUUAAACGGGUGUCCUCCGUCAUUCCCGGUCUUUGGGUAGUAUUCAAAAUCGUAGACGACAACAGCAAGCAAAGCCCGUUGGAUGGCAGGCAACGUCCGCCAUUUCGUAAUGACCCCAUAGCUCAUACAUUUUUAUGGGGGAGGGGGGGGAGGAGUGAUUUGCGAGAGCAGUGCAUGGUUACGUCUGGAGGCACAACCGCAUUACUGUCCUCGAGCGCUUAUUUGUCAGAUCUGAGAGUCUUUUUCGCCGUCAGUCCUCGCUAAAUGCCGUUCCACUAUUCAUCACCUGUAGACUCACCGGACAGCCGGCAGCUAGGCUAACAGGCAAACCUACUCUCCACAUUUCUUCGUUCGUAUUUUUCCGGCGGACUUAAACUGCUCCCCAGACUACCUGUCAGUAACAACGCUUUGGGUAUUCUAUCUCCAUUCCGAUUUAGUAAUAAUAGUUCCCUAUGGACUCGCAGAUGUGAUUGACAGUUUAAAUAUCGAACCUGCUGGCGAAGGGGACUACCACGCCUGACCGAAAAACGAUCAUUCUGCUGAUAUUUGUUUUCAAAUUCGCCGGUAGGCCCGAAUCGAUCUCAUGUUUUACUGUCUUAUUUUAAGAUUGACUGGAAUUGCCUGACUGCUUACUUUAUUUGAUUGGAAUGUCGUUUUCAGAAUUUUAGGCAGAUUAAACAGUUAGGAGUGCAUGCUCCCAUAGGUCUGAGUUGUUCGAACUUAAGUCUAGUCAGGAAACCGACUGCACCUGUACUCCAACGUUUUCCUUUUUGUCUUUCUAUUUCCCUGCCUUUCUGAGUGUGCUUGCCUCAAACAGUACCAAAGUUUGAUAUUCAACCCUUUCUGUUCACUGCUCCUGUGUUUAUUUAUUUGGAAUCUUUGGAGUGUAUCGAGGCGUCCUAUUUUAUGGAACCUCAAUUUACUGGUGGUCUGUUCGGGUGCUAAUAGAAGAAGUUUACUACUGUUUUCUUUGAGUGCGUGCUUCCGGAAGUAUACUGUAUACCCCACGUUUUCCUCGAUGGCAUCGAGUCUGACCUCAACUUUGGCCGUGGAUAGAAAGACUUAGCGUUCAGUGCUAAGGCCCCAAGCAAUCAUUUUAAAAGCAUCACCGAUAGGUAGUUGGCCAUGUGGUCAGCUGGAUCCCACGGUAGCGUUACUUUGGCGUAUUUUAAUGGACGCUCUGACAAGGUGUGGUCAAAUUUUUUUCGUCUGCGACGGCCCACGCACCGUGAGAUGCCAGCCGAGAUUCCUCGCCCUCUAUUUCGCUCAAGAUUCUUCUAUCAAACGAAUCGACCCUCCCGUUUUGGUGGGGUUUCCAUUCAGGCACAGCGUUACCACGUACCAUCAUAGGCCUGGCGAGAGUACAUGGAGGAUGCCCCAGUGAACCUUGUUCUGAAUGUUUUUCGAAUUAUUUUAAUUGGUUCCACUCCUAUCAUUACUUCUGGACCUUGCUGCUGGCCUUUACUAAUACCUGCCUGUUCCCGUAGACUCAGAUAGUCCAAUUGGAGGAUCGCAUCCGACUUCGCAUUAUGGGCCUUCGCGUAGACGCGAGCGACAUAGUGAGUUUCCUCUUCCGACUUCCCAUUUCGCAUUCUCAGCACACGCCCUUCAUCCCUCGAAUUCUCCUGAUUACUUUGCUUUCCCUUCCACUUUCCCUCAUCAUCCAUCGUCUCGAAACUCUAUUCUUAAUUUAAUUUUCCAUCUAUCGCUGCAAUGAUUGCGUAUCCUGUCACCAUCUACCUUUUUACAGCUUGCAUUCUAUGGACCAAACUUCUAUGGCCGUGCAUGUGAGAUGGAUAAUCAGUUUGACGAAUUGACAGCUUCAUAGAAUGUGUCACCGCAUAAGAUGGUCAUUUGCACGCUGACUCCGCCCGGUCCUUACCUGUAGUUACAAGAAGCUACUUGACGCUGCUCACGCACCCCUGUACCCACUUUGACUGUAGAGAGAAAUCGAACGAGCGCGGCAGUAGUGCGUCUCGAGGGCCGGUGAUCUGAUUUCCCCCAUGGUUCGACUGUCGAAAGAGGUACAAGCACGUGCUCUAAUACGCCUAGACGGGGACUUUAGGUCAAGGCAGCAAAUCCAUCCAAACCUAUCCCCACUUGUCUGGACCUACAGUUGUCUGUAGAGUGUCAUGGGGUUGGAUGACAAUAUUUUAGUCGACUGUGUUGAAGUACUGCCCGGUAUAAGCGAAUCCACGCUCAUGUCAUCAAUGUUUUCCGAAACCGGUAGUGCUCAUCGUCAUCGACGAAUAAACUGUCAUGUUAUUAUAAUCGGGCUAACGAAUGUCUGUUUAUAACCAAAUAGUCACAAACCCUCACGACCCCGAAGCAGACUAGACAGUAGCUGGCACCAAACUGUCAGUGUAUUUCCUAUCUGUUGUUCGCCUUAUUGAUUCCGAGCACCAGCCUGCACUUUGAUCUCUUUGAAAUGCUUGGCUCAUCGUCUUAUUCUUCGCAACGGGUCGAGCAAAUAAAAGGAAGUCAAAUGGUUUGGAGUCAUAACGAACAACUUUUUUGCCUCACUCUUGGACGGGGUAGGCUUCCUGACCAGAGUAUUCAGCACUGGUCACAUCACUGGUUAGAUGCUUCCCGGCGUUGUAUCAUGCCCAUCCCCUCUCGAGACUUCAUCUCCCGCGAGUUAGUGGUCGAGUGCGCGGCUGUGAAUCUGCGUGUCGUCCUAAAGUCAGGCUAGUAGUUAGUUCAUUGUUUUCAUACCCAGCUGAUUUCCUAAGGGAGCAUCAUUGUGAUUCAGCUGUAAUAAUCACCAAGUUCCCUUGGGGACUGCAAAAACCAGUUAACAGGUAAUGCAGGCAGCUAAGACACUUAGCUUUCAGUACCUAUUUGUGUAGUUUCUCGACUAAAUCUAGCUAGGUACAUUGUUUAGCAUUCUGCACGUCGGUUUUCCCCAUUCGAAAGGCGAUUGUGUCAGACCUCGCCGAGAGUCGUGACAGCAGUUGUAUCGCAGUUGCAGUUGUAUCGUUUACUUCAAGCACUCAUUCUCGUGUGUGUUUUAACAAAAAUAUGCCUUUUGAAAUCGUUCACGUCUUUUGAGCUGGUUUCCGAUCGAACGGAAGUCCUUUAGUCCUGCAGUAAUUGGAACUUACCCGAUACGAAUAGGAUGGAUAGUCCUCCCUACCCAGCCCCGACAGAUAUCAAAACUAUAAACUGCGUCAGCUGUUUGCCCUCCUAUAAAGACAAGUCUUAUUGACCAAGAAAACGUUUCAUCAAUGUCAGAAUUGGAGGUAGUCAGUGUGCUCCACAGGCUCUUGUAAUCCUCGAAUUCACUUUCUAAGUUAGUGAUGAAAGAUCGAAGACGAAACUCAGUAAGUGGCAAACUGUAUUCUCUGUCGCAACACCGGCGGUGACUAUGAGACCUCAGUUUUGCCAGGCUCAACCUUUCGAAAUUCACCCGAACUUCGACAGCACAACGCACAUGCCAUGCGUUUGCCAGUAUUAUCUUUUAUAAUCUUCCCCUCCUUUUGAGUACUCCCUGACUUUUCUCUUUUCCGUGCAGUUUGCCGUUGGAACCCUCAUGGACGAUUAUCUCGGUAAGACUGUUUACUGUUAUUGUAAUCUUAUUAGCAUCGAAAUUAGAACUUAAAACCCACCCUCCCAAGCUAAAAAGAGAGGAAGGGUUUCCCUUCCGUGUAGUGCCCCUCAAAGAGCUCAUUGGUUUCACGUGUAGUGUGGACUAUUGGCCGAAAAAAGAAACUCCCUUAUUCAGACCAAAUAAACAGCGGCAGCUAGGCUACUGAGCUAGUAAGCCAGAAGUGGCGCCCGGCCGUUUUACAAUCUUUUACGACCCGUCCGUCGGAUACCCUACAACUAUUGUAUUCACCUUAUGCCAGCCAGAUCUACAAACCUUAUUAGUCCGGCUUUCCGAAGCUACUUACGUUGCACAAGCCACACGACUGGUCUAACGCUAAGCCCCGGCCGGUCACCCACCAACAGGACCGUAUUCUGGACGCUUUACUCAGUUAUCAUUAUCUGGCACUAAGUUUACUUUUCUCCCACAUGCAAAUGCCGAGUUAACUUCUUACAAUGACUAGUUCUGAGAAUUACUUGCGGACUAGGUCGAUGGUACUUCCUGUCAGGCCUGCUUACGCUACCACUUUGUAUGUUUCAGGUCCCUGCGUGUAA